CGCAUCGAUGCACGCGCCCCCACAGAGCCCGCCCGCGUCUCGGGAAAGGUCACUCAAGUGCACGUCCACCCGCAGGACCCGCACAUCGUCGCCCUCGAGAUCGACCAUAUGGACUACCAGGUGCACUUCUACGACACGCGCACCCGGGGGUUCGGGCGCAAGCCGUGGCUCGACAUGUCCUCCACGUCCGCGUCCGCACCCGCGUCGUCCGCACCGAAACUGGGGUCGCGGUACAUCAGAGGGUCGACCGUGCACAGUCUGUUCGCGCGCGGCUACGCCGAUGGGGUCGUCCUCGUCUGGGACCUCCGGAACGGCGCGCAGAAGCGCGCACACUUCAAGCGGCCGGCGGAAGUCGCACACACGGUCCUGGCGGGCACCGACGUGGUCGCCUAUGGCGGAUACUCGGCGACGUUCUGGAGCACGCUCGGCGGGUAA